AUGGAUGAGCAAUUUGGAAAGUUUCUUGCUAUGCUCAAGGAAGUUCACCUUUCUAUCCCCUUCACCGAUACAAUUACCCAAAUGCCUAGGUACUCUAAGUUCCUUAAGGAGAUUUUGAGCGGGAAGAGAAAGUGUAAUGAGGUUGAUUCAGUUGAAGUUGGGAAUUGUUGUAGUGCUUUCAUUCAUAAUGAAUUGCCCAAGAAGAUGGAGGAUCCAGGUAAUUUCUCUAUUCCAUAUGAGAUCAAAGGAAAAAUGUUUGAUAAUGCUUUUUGUGAUCUUGGAGCUAGUGUGAGCGUCAUGCCUUAUUCCAUUUUCAAGAAACUCAAGCUAGGUGAGCUCCUCCCAUCUAACAUAACCCUUCAAUUGGCCGAUCAGACUAUUAUGAUUCCAAAGGGGAAAGUUGAGGAUGUUCCUCUUAAGAUAGGAGGGUUCACUAUUCCCGUUGAUUUCAUUGUGCUUGAGAUUGCGGAAGAUGACCAUAUCCCUAUCAUUUUAGGAAGAUCUUUCUUAGCCACUUCGGGAGCCUUAAUAGAUGUGAAAGGAGGUCGUAUUACCUAG